AUGGUUAAGAAUUAUAUGAAAACAGAUAAAUUAUUAAAAAUAAAGGAUAAAUUUGAUAUUUUUGAUAAAGAGCGGUCUGGAAAAAUUAAAAUAGAAGAUUUACCUUUUGUUAUAAAAGCACUUGAUAUUGAAAUUGAUCAAGAAGAAUUAAAUGAAAUGAAAAAAACAUUAGAUAAUAAGGAUUCGGGAUGGAUUGAAUAUACAAGAUUUGAGAAGAUAAUGGCAUUAAAAAUAGAAGACAAAAAUAUAAGUUUUGACGUUAUAAAAGCGUUUUCUUUAUUUGAUAAAGAUUCUAAAGGAAAAAUAACACUAGAUGAUCUCAAACGUGUUGCUAAUGAUAUAGGAGAAAAAUUGUCAGAUGAUGAGCUAAUAGAAAUGAUUAACGAAGCUUCUUCUUCCGGAUAUGUAGGUAUUAUUGAAUUUGAAAAUAUUAUGAAAAGAGCUGGAGUAUUUUGA